CAGGGCUCCCGAUAUAAAACCGCCGGCGCCUUGUUGAUAGUGUCAGAGCGACAAUGGCGACCGAGGUGCGGCAGGAGCUGGCCCAGCUCAUGAACUCCAGCGGCUCGCACAAAGACCUCGCUGCCAAGUACCGACAGAUCCUGGAGAAGGCGGUUCAGUUCACCGACGCAGACCAGCUGGAGUCCCUGAAGGCCUUUGUGGAAGCAAUGGUGAACGAGAACGUGAGCCUGGUGAUCUCCAGACAGCUGCUCACAGACUUCUGCACCCACCUGCCCAGCCUGCCGGACGCCACCGCCAAGGCCGUGUACCACUUCACCCUGGAGAAGAUCCAGCCCCGCGUCAUCUCCUUCGAGGAGCAGGUGGCGUCCAUCAGGCAGCAUCUGGCCACCAUCUACGAGAAGGAGGGCGACUGGAGGAACGCCGCCCAGGUCCUGGUGGGGAUUCCUCUGGAGACGGGACAGAAGCAGUACAACGUGGACUACAAGCUGGACACGUACCUGAAGAUCGCCCGGCUGUACCUGGAGGACGACGACCCGGUCCAGGCCGAGGCCUACAUCAACCGGGCGUCGCUGCUGCAGAACGAGUCGUCCAACGAGCAGCUGCAGAUCCACUACAAGGUGUGCUACGCCCGCGUCCUGGACUUCAGGAGGAAGUUCAUCGAGGCGGCUCAGCGAUACAACGAGCUGUCGUACAAAUCCAUCGUACACGAGAGCGAACGCCUGGAGGCUCUGAAGCACGCUCUGAACUGCACCAUCCUGGCCUCUGCAGGGCAGCAGCGCUCUCGGAUGCUGGCGACUCUGUUCAAAGACGAGCGCUGUCAGCAGCUAGCGGCGUACGGCAUCCUGGAGAAGAUGUACCUGGACCGGAUCAUCCGCGGGAACCAGCUGCAGGAGUUCGCCGCCAUGCUGAUGCCCCACCAGAAGGCCACCACAGCCGACGGCUCCAGCAUCCUGGACCGAGCGGUGAUCGAACACAACCUGCUGUCGGCGAGCAAACUCUACAACAACAUCACCUUCGAGGAGCUGGGAGCGCUGCUGGAGAUCCCCCCCGCCAAGGCAGAGAAAAUCGCCUCUCAGAUGAUCACAGAGGGAAGAAUGAACGGCUUCAUCGAUCAGAUCGACGGCAUCGUGCACUUUGAGACUCGGGAGCCCCUCCCCACCUGGGACAAGCAGAUCCAGUCCCUGUGCUUCCAGGUCAACAACCUGCUGGAGAAGAUCCGGCAGGCGGCGCCGGAGUGGGCGGCCCAGGCCAUGGAGGCCCAGAUGACCCAGUAGACCCUGGACCCCCCCACAGGACCCCCCACUGACCCCCUCCCCCUCCCCCUCCCCCCGCAGGGCCAUGGAGGCCCAGAUGACCCAGUGGACCCUGGACCCCCCCACAGGACCCCCCACUGACCCCCUCCCCCUCCCCCUCCCCCCACAGGGCCAUGUAGGCCCAGAUGACCCAGUGGACCCUGGACCCCCCCGGACCCCCAGACAGACUCGCGUCUCCUGAUCCAGCCUCUGAUGUUUCUCGUCUUUCUUCUCUCUGGUUGUCUUCUGGUUCCUCUGGUUCUGCUGGGUCCCCCCAGCAGAACCUCUUUGAUCCACAUGAAGAAUAAAUCCUGCGUUGAUCCGGUUCCUCCUCC